AAAUCGAAUCGAGAUACGAUACGAGUGGAACGGUUAUACGCAGUAUACUCAUAUAUCCAAUUGUUUAUUUAUUACGACUUGAUCUGUUGUUUAGAAGUGACGUUUGUUGGUUAUAUCGACACCGAAAAGACUCUUGAAUCGGAUUUCGGAGGAAUAUGAAUUUAUCUUUUGCCGGUUGUGGUUUCUUGGGUAUCUACCAUGUCGGAGUUGCCUGUUGUUUUCGAAAAUAUGCGCCCCAUUUACUAUUGGACAAGAUUUCGGGGGCAUCAGCGGGAGCAAUUGCUGCAUGCUGUUUGAUCUGUGAUCUUCCUAUUGGUGAUAUGACCAGUGAUGUUCUCCGAGUAUGUACGGAAGCCCGAAGCAGGUCUCUAGGUGCCUUCUCUCCUUCGUUUAAUAUUCACAAAUUAAUGUUAGAAAAUUUAGAAAAAUUUUUACCAGAAGAUGCUCAUAUUAGAUGUAGUGGAAAACUUCACGUAUCCCUUACUAGAGUCCAUGACGGAAAGAAUGUUGUGGUUUCACAAUUCGACAGCAGAGAAGAGUUAAUCCAAAUUCUGCUUGCAUCAGCCUUCAUUCCAUUCUUUUCUGGAUUAAUUCCUCCAAAAUUCAAAGGCGUACGUUAUAUGGACGGAGGUUACAGCGACAAUUUACCUACUUUAGACGAAAAUACCAUUACAGUUAGUCCAUUCUGCGGUGAAAGUGACAUUUGCCCACGAGAUGAUAGCUCACAACUAUUCCAUAUAAACAUCGCCAAUACAAGUAUAGAACUCUCAAAGCACAAUAUGUAUAGAAUAGUGCGUAUACUGUUUCCGCCAAAACCCGAAAUUUUGUCGAAUAUGUGCAAACAAGGAUUCGACGAUGCGCUUAGAUUUCUACAUAGGAACAAUUUGAUUAAUUGCACCAGGUGCUUGGCUGUGCAAUCUACAUUUGUUGUCUCAGAAACUUUAGACGAGGAAUUGGAAUACGACCCACAGUGUAAAGAAUGUAAACUGCAUAGGCAAGAAGCACUUGUAUCUAAUGUACCUGAAUCUGUCCUAAGCAAAUUUCAAGAAGCCGUCGACAAAGCCAAUAAUGGUCUUCUAAAUUGGUUGUUCAAGCACAGGGGCAUGAAAUUGUUGUCUGUGCUUACGUUACCUUACACCUUACCUGCUGAUGUGAUGUACGCUACUUUUACAAAGUUUCAAAUAUUUCCGAUGAAACCUGGUCGGUCGAUGGCAUUUUAUCGAGAUUUCGCCCAAUUUGACUUUCAGAGUUUUAUGGGCAAAAUAUAUGACAAUAAAUCGUAUCAAUUUGAAUUACUGGGAAAUGCCAUUUUAACUUCACCUUCAUUUGCAUGCCACCAACACAUUUUUAGAGAAAAAAGAUUUAUGGUAGCAGCCCCACAACUUGGAAACGGAGCAUGGGAAUUGAGCAAAGUUUUCAUUGAUAAAAUGACGUUCCUGCUGAAGAAAAUCAAUAGGAAACGACAACAACUUAGCGCCAAAAUUACUUGCCAAUUAGCGAUUACAGAAUACGAUAAAUUCGACGUGGAAUCAUGCCAGGAUGUACAAAAUGGAAAUAAAAUGAACCUUAACUUCACUUUAAAAUUAGAGGAUAGAGACUUACCAUUAAACCAAAGCCCAGUACGAAAGUUCAACACAAAGGAAAUUCUCCAACGGAAACCGAGUUUUACUGUAAAUAGGACUGAAUCCAUGGACAACGAUACAUUUGACCACAUCCUACAAGUCACAUCACAGCAUGAUACUAUAAUGGCUUAUUAUUAUUUGGACGAAAAUAAUAAAGUUAAAGUCACUGAAAUUUUUGACGUAACAGAUAGUGAUUCUCCAAUUGUUCAGACUUCUGAAGAAAGAAGUGCAAAUACAAAUUUGGAAUUCGACGACGACUGGACAAAUCAAGACCAAUGGCAACCAAAUGAUGAAAAUAUUGCUCAGUUUGAACUAGAAGACAUACUUGACAGAGAACCAAUCUUUUCUGACCCCGAAAGCGAAUGGACGGGUACGUUUAAAAUCGAAGAACCCGAGGAUGAAGAUGAACAAUAUCCUACUAACGAUACUCUCCCAGAAUCUGAUCGAAGAGGUAGCCGAGAAGUCAUCAAUCAGUGGAACAAAAAAGAAUAUAAAAUCCCAUCGAUGGUCUACGAAGAUGACACAUAGAUAUAUUGGCAUCUACGUUUAGGAUGAUAGUUUUUUAAGAUAUUUUUAAAUUAUAUAGAAUAGGUAAAGUAGUAAACAGCGGACCAUAAAAAUAUAAAAGAUUUAGGGUUUUCAUCAUUUACCGAAAAAAUAUUGUAUUGUAUUUAGCUCCCGUUUAAACCGCUUGUUGUGAUUUAAAAACAAUAUCAUAGUGGUUAUUCUCAAAGCAGGACCCAUCGGUUUUUAUCUGAACAGACGUUGUUCUAUAGAUGUAUUUAUUUAUCGAAUUUCCAAUGUUCUCAUUCCAUAUGUUCCUAGCACAAUACAUUUAUGUUAAUGUUACACUUCAAAAACUAUCAAAACUAGGUUCCAAAAUGGCUCCUGUGUUUCUAUUUCAGAUUGUUACCAAAAAUUGGCCAGAUAUUAUAAUAUUUUUUCUAUGAAUUCCCUCACAGUAUAGUUAAGAUUUUUUAUAUUAUAUAAAAACU